AUGGCGUCGUCGUCCAUUACCCCGGCCGACCUGACGGUAGAGCCAGACUUGCAGCCGCUCUAUCCGACGCCAUCGCAGGUCGCCCAUCUCCUCUCGCCCUAUGUCGGCCUAUCACCUCAACAGAAGGCCGAGCUCGUCUCGCACUGCCUGGCGCGUGCCUGUCAAUUCGGGGACAUGCUCCUGCUCUCACACCUCCUCACUGACUCUAACGCCCAUCCGUACGUGGACCUCGGAAAGCAAGAUGAAGAAGGCCUGGGCCUGAUCAGCCUUUCCAUCCUCGGCUUUGGAUCCGAGUCUGAGCGUGAUAUCGAGCGAGAGGAGUGCGUGAGGCUGCUCAUAUCCGAGGGAUCUGAUGUGAACGUCCCAGACAAAGCCGGCUGGAGCCCGCUGCACUACGCUUCCUUAAUGUCUCCUCCCACUUUGGUCUCGCACCUGCUGACACAUGGCGCUUCCCCGUUCGCAUUAACUCGGCGGAAGCUCACAGCGCUCGACAUUGUCACAGCGCAUUCGACAGUUCCCGGACGCGAGGAUGUCGCGCUUCUCCUAGAAGAAGCCAUGCGAGAAGAGGGCUGGAAAGGUGGGCGGAUGGAGGAACAGCGGCGUUUGGCGGAAAAGCGACUGCGUCGAUUAGGGAAGCGGAAGAACGUCCAGAGUGACAUUGAGGAGGUGUUAGGCAUCAGCUCACGAUGGUGGGGUGAUAAUGACCCUGAGUUAACCUUUGACUGGCUGGACGAGGAGGACGAGGAGGACGAGGAGGAGACACCAUCUCCAGACUACACCUCGAUGCUUGUCUUCUCGCCUCUGGCGUUGCCUGACAUCUUCCAAUCCCUCAUCAUUGACUUCAAACCCACCCUACGAAAUGCAGAGCCAGCGAAUGCCCUGUACAUGCUAGUUCGAUUCGCAUGCAUCAAUUGUGACCAUAACUGGCUAGAAGAUGUGGUCAUAGGCGCAACUGAUACAAUAGAAGACACGUUCUUCAACCGUGCCGACGAUGCCACUUCGCUUAUAUUCUGGCUGUACAACAUAACUGUUUGGCUGCAUCUAAUGCGCUGCGACAAUGCUAUCAACCAAACGUUAGAAAUGCUAGGAUCAUUCGGCCUCAUCGAGGAAAUACAUAACUCCGUAUUCGUCUUCAUCAUUCGAUUUGCUGAAAGGAAGAUCGACCAGCUGCUCGACGCCGCAUUGCUGGACUACUCACCGCUCUCGACCGAAUUCGAGUCAAUACAGUUCGAAUCGGAAUGGUCAUUUCUACGCUCAUUCGGUACCGGCAAGAAGAAGCCUGUCACGCCGACUGGUCCGUCGCGCACUCCGUCGUCUCCCCCUGGCAAUGGUGUAAGCAGGCCGCCAUCACCCGUUCCGUCGUCAACUUCGCCAGCUAACCAGCGGGGCUUUGCGUCUCUACGGCAGACGUUCGCACGGUCGCGGGCGCCAUCAAACACUGCUUCGUUGCAAUCUCUGUUUGCGGAUUCCACUACUGCUGCACCACCAGGUCACUCGCCUAAGGACAUCACGUCUUUCAUCACUGCGUUGCAUACGCUGCUCUCGGUCUCGGGAAUCAAUCCGGCACUGAUCAUCCAGUUGUGGUCUCAAGUGAUGUACUGGACAGCCUGUAAGACUUUCAACCGUGUCUUGACCCGCAAGAAGUACUUAUGUCGGUCACGAGCGGUGCAGAUCAGCAUGAACCUCAGUGUAUUGGAGGAGUGGAUAGGUGAAAUGCAGCUCCCGCGCGGUGUCGGCUCACAUUUUGCACCCGUGAAGGAUCUGCUUACAUGGCUGCAGAGUCUAUCGUCCAUCACCGAGUUCCCCAAUCUCAUCGCCACCAUUCAAACACUGAGAAACCUGAAUCCUUUACAGAUGCGUCGUGCUGUGCGCGAUUACCGGUAUGAAGUAAACGAGCCUCGAAUGACGGAGGAAUGCAACCAGUACCUUGCCCAACUACAAAAAGAUUGGGAGCGGCAUCGCGUGAAGCUCGGUGUUGAGGCAUUGCGUAAGGAAAUCGGUGAGCGAGACCGAGACCGGGAGGACACCAUCAGCGCGUCUCCAUCGCUGCAUGAAGUCCCAAUCGGCCCAGAUAAUGUAGCACCCGCGCCUGCACUGCCCUCAGAGCCAUCAGCCGCCCAGCGCAAUAUUGAUGCACUCUUCGAUCGUACCUGGGAGAAAACAUCCUGGGAACCCGCGAGCGCACCGGAACCUCUGGGAGAGCUGAUGGAUUCGAGGUUCAUGCUGCCACUACUCCUGCCAUCUGACCCGCGAAUGCUGGGCGCCCUGCCGGCCAAGCGCCCUUUGUCAGAUGAAGAAAAACCACAUCAUAACCCUCGGCUAAGUCAAGACUCCACCGCAAGCCGUGCUAGCUUCGGGUCUCGCGGCGCGAUGGCAUGGCGGUUGAAGAGCAAGAAGCUGCGCGAGGUGGGUGUGGGCACGUUGCAGUGGGUUGACGGCCUGCGCUCUGCCACGCGGUGGUCGCGGGCCGCGGAAGUGAACGAAGAGGAGUGGUCGGACCAGCCACCGCCAUACUCGAUGGACGAUAUCCAGCCGCCUCAAGGCGACUUAAAGGUGGAGACGGCGGUGCAUUUUACGCCACUAACGAGGAAACCUUCCACGCGUAGCAGGGGCCGGCUGAGCGCGGUAGAGGAGCCUUCCACCCCGAUCGACAGACGGAUGAGUACGGUGGAUUGGUAG